AUGGGAGCGGGGAGGGGAUCCUUGGGCCUCAGGACCCCAGUGCAGGCAGGGCUCCUCCCAAAGCCCACCCUCUGGGCUGAGCCCGGCCCUGUGAUGCCCUGGGGGAGCCCUGUGACCAUCUGGUGUCAGGGAACCCCAGGGGCUGAGGAGUACCAUCUGGAGAAAGAGGGAAGCCAAGCACCAUGGAAAAUACAGAAGCAAUGGGAGCCUGGGGAAAAGGCCAAGUUCUCCAUCACUUACAUGACAGAUGGUGAUGUAGGGAGGUAUCGCUGUCACUAUCACAGCCCCACUAACUUGUCAGAGCCCAGCGACAUCCUGGAGCUGGUGGUGACAGGAUUUUACAGCAAACCCAGCCUCUCAGCCCUGCCCAGCCCUGUCGUGACCUCAGGGGGGAAUGUAACCCUCCAGUGUGGCUCAUGGGAGGAAUUUGACAGGUUCAUUCUGACUAAGGAAGGAGAUCACAGGCUCUCCUGGACUCUGGACUCACAGCCACAGUCCAGUGGGCCGUCCCAGGCCCUGUUCCCUGUGGGCCCUGUGACCCUCAGCCACAGGUGGACAUUCAGAUGCUAUGGCUGUUACAGGAACAGCUCCCAGGUGUGGUCAUACCCCAGUGACCCCCUGGAGCUCCUGGUCCCAGGUGAGUCCCAUUAUUGUCCCAUCCAUGGAUUGAGGUAAUUAUUGGCACCAGAUACAUUAUUGGCAUCUUUGU